AUGUCCGGCAGAGGAAGCCCCGAGAUGAACCCCUGGGGCUUUCUGUACCCCCUUACCCCUUGUGUGGCUGGGCCUCUUUGCUGCCUUGGUGUGUGUGUGUGGUUGUCUUCGGUGCUGCUGCUUAACCAUGCCUUGAGGUCCUCGUGGUUCGAUCGGGUGGUUGGCCAGUUCACCAUUCAUAUCCGCGUUCUCCUACGCCAAGAUCUACCCAAACGGUUUUCCCACGGGCGUGAAAUGGCCUUGGUUGGCAGCUGGAUGAUGGUAACCAUGAUCGUCGUUAUGGGCUACUCGAGCACCCUGGUCUCGCUCUUGGCCGCCAGGAACAUCCCGCAGCCGAUCCAGUCUCUGUCGGAUCUUGUUCAGUCCGACAACGUUGUGAUCCUGAAACCGAACAGCGGGUCGACGACUUACGUUCUUAGCUCGACGUCGGGCAUCUACAAAGAGCUGGGGGACCUGCGCCACAAGAACAGGAUGGCUUUCAUCAAGUCGAAGGACAGGGGCACGGCGAUCGACACCCUGGUCCGCGAGGGUCAUCACUCCUUGUAUGACGUGGAUUUCAGCUUAGCUAAUCUCAUAUCGGAUGACUUCUCCAUAAUGGGGCGCUGCGAUUUCUACCUGAGUCGCGAGUCCAGCCUGGCGAGUCCGGCGAGCGUGGGUGUGACCCCGGGGAGCCCCAUCCUUCCGGUCCUCAACCACAGGUCAGUCGCAGGAGCAUGA